UUUAGCCUGCCGGUCAUUCAUGUAGCUUUUUGUGUUGUUAUAAACAUUCUAUUAUAUUAAUUAUAUAUCUUUAAAAAAAAAAAAACAAUUACAGAGUAAUAAGUUUGCGGUUUUGUUUAUGCGAAACUCGGAAUAUUAUUAUUUUUUUUCAUUUUGAACGCCCGGCGUGUGUCAUGGCCGACCCGGCGCGCGUGAAAAACGAACCAGGAAUUGACGUCGCGACCGCAGAGCAUGUUCGGCAGGAUAAAAACGCAGGUGAGGGUUCAAGCGGAGGAACCGCGGCUUCGGAGACGACAACGGAUCAGACCAAUGUGAAACAGGAGGACAAAGUGGGCGUGGCCAAGGAAGUGUCGGGAGGAGACGAGGACGACGAAGGACACUCGAGCGCUCAUCCUCCGGCUGCGAAAAAACCGAAAGUGGAGCCGGAGAAGAAGAAGGAGAAGAGACACAAAGUGGACGAAGACGAGAUCCAGAAGAUGCAAGUGUUGGUGUCUUCGUUCUCAGAGGAGCAGCUGAACCGGUACGAGAUGUACAGACGCUCGGCUUUCCCUAAAGCAGCCAUUAAAAGGCUUAUUCAGUCCAUCACGGGAUCUUCUGUGUCUCAGAACGUCGUCAUCGCCAUGUCCGGCAUCUCGAAAGUGUUCGCCGGGGAGAUUGUUGAAGAAGCUCUGGAUGUGUGUGAGAAGUGGGGAGACACUCCUCCUCUGCAGCCCAAACACAUGAGGGAGGCGGUGAGGAGGCUGAAGACCCGGGACCAGAUCCCCAACACCAAACACAAACGCAUCCUCUUCAACUAAACACAGCCAUUUGUAAUAUUUAGCGCCCUCAUCUGGCCCUGAGGUGAACUGUUCUCAAAUGAAAACACUCACUGGUGAAUCUGGGUGCUUUGGGAGUUGGCGUUUUGUUUUGUUUUUAAAGAAAAGGAGUAGAAUUGAGCAGACUGGGACUGGCCUCAUUUCAGGGCCAGAAAAAAAUGUAAGCAGAAGUCUGAGAUGAAGAAACUAGCAUGCAUGUUCUCCUCCAUGGAAAUAUUGCAAAUCGUUGCUUUUCUAAGAUAUCUUUAAAUGUUGUAUGAUAAUUAGAGGUCUUGAAACACUUUGAAAUGUUACAAACUGCACCUUUAACAUUUUGGCUAUCGCCUCACGCCAAUGCUGCAUAGUUAACGAGUGAGCGGAGUCAUGUCAUGCUAACUAGCUAGCAUGCUCAUUGGAUUUUAGCCAGCAGAGUCAGCCCUGAUCUAACAUACUUUACUAAACAAAUGGAACAGCUCUUAGGAUAGCUAAUGGGACUAAAUCAAGGGAAUUGGACAGAGAGUAUUGGAUCACGUCCCUACACACCUGCUGGCAUUGAACGUCUCAUUCAGAAUAUACAGGUGUGUAAAGAGAUUUUAAGAUUGGUAGAAUUUAGUGUUGCUUUUCCCUGUACAUACUGCUUCAGCUUCAAUCCUUGUGUUCAAUGCAUUUUAGUUUAAAUAAACAGUGUAUGUGUUUGUAAA